AUGACAGCUGAUGAACAAGAUAUUGAUUACAUGUCUGACACCAUGCUCGAAAAGCUCGCUGCGAACGAGCGACCACUCGAGCUGACGUACUCGCAACGACAGACGAAACGUCGCAUCGACGAAGCAGAGCGGAGGAGACAGGCUAUGUAUGAUGCAGAGGCGCGUCAACGAGAAAAAGCACGCAUGCCCCAUCUCGGCGAAGUCGAGGCUCGACAACGCGGGCUUGCCACGAACGUGCUGGAAAAUGCCAUCAAACCACAACCAGAUGGACCGGCCAUUGGCGCAGGCACACAUGCGGCAUUGGAGAUGAUGAAAGCCAUGGGGUUCGAUAUAUCAUACAAGGAUGAUGCAGUUGCAACACGUAAUCCACUGAUGCCAGAUGAACGCUGGUUGAGCAGCAGCAAGUCUCAUGUACCUCGAAGGCAGGGCAUUGGGCAUGCAGAGAUCUCGAAACAAAUUGCUCAAGCAAAAGAAGCUGCUUCACCUGUGCCAUUGAGUGUCGAUGCAUUUCGUCAGCUUCAAUCAGAUCGAGCUAAUCAAAAGCAUCUAGAAGGUAUUCUGAACAAGGCACGAAGCACGUGCCGGGCUUUGGAUGAAGCGAACGGAUGGGAUGUACGUACGUGGACGGUGUAG